AUGUCAACGAAAACAGCUAGUGUAUCAUUAAAACAAGAUUUUAGUCAUUUAAAAACUGGCCGAAUCAAUUUAACUAUUUUACGUGAUUCAAUUCUUCAACAAAUCAAACGUUGUACAAAUCAAUUUUUUACGGAAAAAAGUAAUCUACCAAAACAAUUCACUAAAGAAAAAUGUGUGGUUAUCGAUGAUGAUCUUAAAAAUCUUCUUGGCCAUAUUCAAGCAUUAAAUGAACUUGGCGCAAGUGAUAUUCGAAUAUUUAAAGAACGUCAACAUGAUACAUCAGAUUAUAAGAUAACACUAUUUAUUGUUCGACCAAAGCCUAUCUAUAUGGAAAUCAUUGCCAAUAUGAUUAAAGAUGAAAUGAAUAAAUUAAAACAAUUAAAAACAAAAGAAAUAGUUUCAAAACAAUACGGUAUUAUAUUUGUUCCACGGCAAUCACGUGUUUGUGAAGAAAAAUUAAAAGAAAGAGGUGUACUGGGUGAUAUUAUCAUUGAUGAACUUAAUUUAGAUUUUUUGCCUAUGGAUACAGAUUUAUUAUCCAUGGAAUCGUAUGAUUGUUUUCGAGAUUUAUAUUUAAAUAAAGAUACUACACCAAUAUUUAAUCUAGCACAUGGUCUUAUUACAUUACAACAAUUGUACGGCAUCAUUCCAAAUGUAUUUGUUAAAGGUGAUAAAGCAAAACAAUGCUAUGAUAGUAUGAUGAGAAUGCAACGUGAAGUUCCUGAUAAUGAAAAAAAAGUACCAACACAAAUUGAAAAUCUUAUUUUAAUUGAUCGAUCUACUGAUUUAAUCACACCUAUGAUGAUACCGGGAACGUACGAAGCUUUACUUGAUGAAGUUUUCGGUAUUCAAUUCAAUCGUAUUGAAGUUCCAACAGCAUCGUUUAGUCCUGAUUUUCGUGAAGCUCAAAAACUUGAUGUAGCUACACAAGAUAAAGUUGCUGUUCGUCUAUUAACAACCGAUAAAUUAUAUUCUGAUACACGUUAUUUACAUAUGAUAACCGUUGGUAAAACUCUACAAGAAGGUGCUCGUGCUCAACGACAAUUACGUACUGAUUUCGAUACUAAUUUUUCUGGUUCAUCAUCAAAUAUUCAAGGUAGAAAACUAGCUGAACUACGUGAAUUUGUAACUCGAAUGUCAAAUCAAAAUGCUAAAACUCAAACAUUAUCAACACAUCUUGAAUUAGCAUAUUGUAUAAAACAAGAAUUAACGGCAACCUAUGAUAUGUAUUUAGCUAAUCAAUUAGCAAUGUUAUUUUCUCCUAUAUUACAAGACGCUUUACGUCAAAUCGAUGAGCGUAUAGCUUGGAAGGAUGAUAUAUUUUGUAUAUUACGGUAUUUAUCUAUCAUAACACAAACAUUAGGUACACAAUUGAAACGUAAAGAUUACGAUUUGAUAAAAAGAGAUAUUAUUCAAACAUUUGGUUUACAAUAUCUUGUUUUAAUUCAUGCACUUGAACAAGUUGGAAUACUAUCAGUACCGGAUACGAUUAAAACUGCAUCAUCGCUUAAAACCACUGAAACAUAUUUUGAUCGUUUAAAACGUGAAUUUAAUCUUUUACAAGAUGAUCAAACCGUGAGUGUUACUGAUCCACAAGAUAUUCACUAUAUUUAUUAUCAAUAUGCUCCAUUAAUUAUACGUUUAAUUGAAAAAAUUGUUUUUCAAGCAACAAAUAAUAUUCAAGAUACAAUGAAUAUUUUACCUGGUGUAUCACUUAUUGAUACACAACAAGUACCAAUGGAAUUAAAACGUCAUCGACAGGGUUCAACAGCAUCACUUAGUUCAUUGAAUAAAACAACUAAACCACAAGGCCAACAGCAACAGCAGCAGCAACAACAACAACAACAACAACAAAGUAGUGAAUCAAAAGUGACCUUAGUUGUUUUUAUUGGCGGUAUAACAUAUGGAGAAAUUGCAGCAUUAAGGUUUUUAGCUGAUCAAAAUCAUGAUUUUGUUAUUGCAACAACGCAUUUUAUUAAUGGAACAAAUCUGAUGAAAUCUUUAGUUGAUGUAUCACUUUUACCUUUGUGA